AUGGCAUCCAUAGAUGUCAGCGAAAUUCUUCGUGCUUCAACGACAUCGUUGGAGCCAUCGCCAAAACGUUCACGUCCAUCUGAUCCUGAACCACAACAGCGUCCCAAUGUAAACACAGCCACUGCUAAUCCAGAGGACAUCCUCGCCGCUUUGGAACAAGAUUCCUCUCAAGCAGUACCAGUAGAUGAAACACACAUUAAGAAACUUACUUCUCAGUUGGAAAAGAAAGCCCUAAAAAACCGGGAAAUGCGCACGAAGCACUCUGACGACCCCAAAAAGUUUAUGGAUUCGGAGAUCGAGUUGGACACAGCGGUCCAGGAAAUGCACGUACUUGCCACUCAACCAGAUUUGUAUGGUUGUUUUGUGGAAGCUGGCGGACCUUCGCUUAUGCUCUCGCUAUUGGCUCAUGAGAAUUCGGACAUUCUCGGUGCCACUGUUAAUUUGCUUCAAGAACUGACUGAUGUUGACAUCUUGAAUGAAGGAGAAGAAGGUGCUGCUCAACUUAUUGAGAGCUUAGCUUCUGGAAGAAUCGUGGAGUCAUUCUUGACAGCUUUUGAAAAGUUGGAUGAGAAGGUGAAAGAUGAUGCAGAUGCUAUCCAUAAUGCACUGAGCGUCGUUGAAAAUAUGAUCGACUUCCGACCGGAAACCGCGGAAGACUGCGUAAGCCAGAAUUUGUUCUUGUGGCUUCUGCGGAGGGCUUGUCAAAAGGGUCAGUUUGAUGCUAACAAGAUGUACGCCAGUGAGUUGGUGGCGCUUUUGUUGCAAAUGUCUGAAUCAGCUAAACGGAAGCUGACAGAGAAGGUUGACGGCAUCGAUAUGUUGCUCAGGGCAUUAGCUGCAUACAAAAGACAUGAUCCUGAAAGCAUGGAUGAACGAGAACACAUGGAGAACCUUUUCGAUGCUUUAUGCGCAGCUCUUAUGCUGCCUGCCAAUCGAGGAAAGUUUCUGGAUGGCGAGGGAUUGCAACUGAUGAAUCUGAUGCUCAGAGAGAGGAAGCAGUCGAGGGAGAGCGCUCUGAAGGUACUUGAUCACGCUACGACUGGCCUUAGAACUCUAUUCCCACUGUAUAUGCGCACUCCAUCUAAGGUGAAGAGAAAAGACACCACGCCGGAUGAACACGAAGAACAUGUUUGUGCGAUCCUUGCUUCUUUGUUUCGUUCCUGUGGUGAUGAAGCUCGACAGCGUAUGAUGAGCAAAUUUGUUGAACACGAACAUGAAAAAAUUGAUCGAGCCAUAGAAUUAUUUAUAAAAUAUAGAGAGAAAUUGGCCAAAUUCGAGGCAAAACGAGCUCGCAGAGAAGACAGUUCAGUAGACGAAGAUGUGGAUAGGGAUUAUCUUGAUCGCCUGGAUGCUGGCUUGUAUACUCUGCAGAAUCUUUCACUAAUUUUGGCGGAUGUGUGCGCUCAUACCAGUUCAGCUCGACAUCGCGCGUCUAAAUUGUUUUCAAUGAAAAUGAAACAGGAGAAGGUCUCAAAAGUACUAUUGCCACUCCUAACUGAGUAUCAAGCCAACGUUGGCGACGGAGGUGAUGAGGAGAGGAGAAGAAUAGAUCUGUUAAUAGCAAGAUUGACGAAGUCUGACAGAGAAAAAGACAAGGAAUAA